UACCAGACCAUCUGUGAAGGAAGGAUGUCAGAUCUGCGAUUACUGUCCGUCCAGGAUGUCCUGCAGCAUAAUCGACCUGACGACUGCUGGCUCGUCAUCUCCGGCGAAGUCUGGGACUUGACGGAAUUUGCCAACGAGCAUCCUGGAGGAGCUUCAAUUAUCCACAAGUACGCCGGCCACGACGCCACAGAUGCCUUCCUCGAAGUCCACGCGACGUCAAUCAUCCGAGAGAACCUCCCCGUCCGCUGCCUGAAGGGAUCCCUCGACCAGUCCACCAUCACCCCCGAAUGGAAGAAACCGACCUCCAAGUCACAAUCUCCAGGGGCCGAUAAACCGCCACUUCAUUCCCUGAUCAACAGCCACGACUUCCAGCGCGCCGCAGCCCUGGCCGCCCCACCAAAAGCGUAUGCAUUCUAUUCCACAGCCGACACAGACUGCUGGACACGCGAUGCAAAUGAGGCAAUGCUCAAGCGGAUCUUCUUCCGGCCAAGGGUCAUGCGCGAUGUCUCGACCGUCGACCUCUCGUCAUCCAUGCUGGGCAUCCCCAUGUCCAUGCCAUUGUUCAUCUGUCCCACCGGCGUAGCACGAUUAAUCCACCCAGGCGCAGAAAAGGCCCUUGCGCGAGCAGCAGGGAACACGGGGAUUCUCGAGGUCAUAAGCACAAACUCAGGCCACCCACUCAAAGAAGUCGUCGCUGAAGCACCGGAGUACCCGUUCUUCUUCCAGCUAUAUCUCAACAAAGACCGCGAGAAAUCUCGCGAGAUUCUGCGCAAGGUCGAAUCCCUCGGCCUCAAGGCAAUCUGGCUCACCGUCGACGCCGCCGGUCGCGGCAAGCGCGAGUCCGACGAGCGGAUCAAAAGCGAUGAGACGGUCAUCGAUCCCGUUACAGGGAAACCCGUCAAAGCAACCGGCGGACUCACACGCGUGAUGGGCUCCUAUAUUGACCAGUCGAUGACAUGGGACGCAAUAGCCUGGAUCCGCUCUGUAACAAACCUCCCCAUCAUCCUAAAGGGAAUCACAUCAGCAGCCGAUGCAAAGAUCGCAUUGGAGCACAAUGUACAAGGGAUCGUGGUGAGUAACCACGGCGGGCGGAACCUGGACUACUCUCCGCCGUCGAUUCUGGUUCUCCUUGAGAUGCACAGAGCCUGCCCCGAGGUAUUCGACAAAAUGGAGGUGUAUAUCGAUGGCGGGUUCCGCCGGGGUAGCGAUAUCCUCAAGGCGCUUUGUCUCGGCGCGAAGGCCGUGGGGAUUGGGCGGAGUUUUCUGUAUGCGUUGCAGUAUGGGACCGAGGGGGCGGAGCAUUUGGUCAAACUGCUGCGAGGAGAGAUGGAAAGUGCCAUGAAGCUGCUGGGUGUCAGGAAUCUGUCGGAAGUACAUCCUGGGCUUGUGAAUACGUCCGACGUCGAUUACUUGGUUCCUUCUGGGCCGAACCAUCCAUAUAUAAAGUGGAGGUCCCGUCCGCAUCUCUAGGGUGAUGUCUACGAUAGAAUUACAAAGGGCUAUCUGCUCCUGUACCACAAAAAGCGACCCUCCAGUCGGCGCAGCCACGUAGAAGACUCCGACAGCUGUGCGUCCGAUGACCAUGCAGAUAUAUCACGCAGUGUAAAGCCAGCACACGCCCCAUCGCCGCAGAAACCUAGCUGACUAGCAUUAGUUGACUGGGGCAUUUCGAGACAACAGAAGCGCAUGAUUCCAGUCAAACGCGCGAGGUGAGGGUUUCCGGUUGCGACAUCCACGGCACGGGUUUGUUUGGGUCAAGCAAUCCCUUCCUCCUGAUAUAUCUCCCUGGCGAUUCAGGUUCAGGCCAUGUUGGGCCAUCUUCAGCAAAGUGGCGCGUAUCCAGAUCAUCUCAUUAUGAUUGAAUUGGGGAUUCGGGGCUUUGGGUCCGGACGAUUCCUCUUAUUACAGACCACAGGGCCUGGGGCUAGUCCGUACCUUCACCCGAGUCCUUUCGACUAAUUGAUCAAGGGCUUUAUUUGAUAAUUAGGCCAGGGCAUCAAGCAGUGCUUCGAAGGUUCACAUCAGGAUUUCAGCGGAUAUAGGGUAUUCAGGAUUUGUCUACGACGAAAAAAGAAGAAACUGUGGUUCUGGGAUACUGGGCGACCAUCAAUAUCCUUGUCUUCCAAAAGAUCUUUAGUUAUCGAUUCGUGUCAGAGUAGCCCCGACGGUAGUCAAUAUCAAAGUUUCUAAUCGGGAAUCCGUCUCAGACACCUGGAGCGAUGCGUGUCGGGGACCAUCCCAAUUAGCCUACCCGUACCCCUCAUCAGCUAUAUAUUUCUGCAUGCGGG